ACCAGGACAGCAGAAGGUGACACAGAGAAGUAAUGUACAGAGAGAGACCAGUCUUUUUUGUGACUGUAGUCAACCCAUGAAGAGUGAGGGCUCUCAGCCACCUAAAAGUAUUUACUGCAUUUGCUUCAGAAUACUGUGGAGAAAAUGUAUGCUAGUCGAGAGGAUAUUGGAUAUGAUUUUGGAGAUGACUCAAAAGUUGGAAGUAAGCCAAUUAAACCUAACCCAAACAUUGAUGGAGGAUGGGCUUGGAUGAUUGUACUUUCCUCUUUCCUUGUGCACAUACUCAUCAUGGGUUCCCAAAUGGCCCUUGGAAUACUCAACAUGGAAUGGCUUGAAGAGUUUAAUCAGAGUCGCGGCUUAACAGCGUGGGUUAGCUCCCUCAGCAUGGGCAUCACGCUUAUUGUAGGUCCAUUUACUGGUUUAUUCAUCAGCAUGUGUGGGUGCCGCACGACAGCCAUACUUGGAGGGAUACUGAAUGCUCUGGGUUGGAUACUGAGUGCCUAUGCCUCAAAUGUGCACUACCUCUUCCUCACCUUUGGAGUGACAGCUGGCAUUGGAAGUGGCAUGGUUUAUCUGCCUGCCGUGGUCAUGGUAGGGCAGUAUUUUCAGAAGAGAAGAGCACUUGCACAAGGGCUCAGUACCACAGGAACAGGGUUUGGAGCUUUCCUAAUGACUGCCUUAAUGAAGUACCUCUGCACAGAAUUUGGGUGGAGGAAUGCCAUGUUCAUCCAGGGGGCCAUCUCCCUGAACCUUUGUGUCUGUGGGGCACUUAUGAGACCACUCUCUCCCAAAGACCUCUGUGAAAAAUAUGUGGUGAGAAGUGAUAGUGAAGAACAUCGGGAAAAAGCUCUGUCCCAUUCUACAGAGACUAUAAAAUCUAAUGGAGUCCUUGGUGAAGAACCAGAGAAUAAAGAAGAGGUAACAAAUGAAGAAGUGCUUGUCAGUGUGCAGCGCAUAGAAAUUGGAGGUAAAUCUGGAAGUGGAAGGAGCAUGUAUGGACUGCGCCUCUUUAAGACAGUGAGCCAGCUGACAGUUACAGUCAGAAAGGGCUUUGCCCUCUGGUACUCCAGCUACUUUGGAGCUGCAUCACUGUUUACCAAUAGAGUAUUUGUGGCCUUUAUAAUUUGGGCUUUGUUUGCCUAUAGCAGCUUUGUCAUUCCCUUUAUUCACCUUCCAGAAAUAGUCAAGCAGUACAACUUAUCUAGGCAGGACAAUGUAUUUCCUUUGACAUCCAUUAUAGCUAUCGUUCAUAUUUUUGGUAAAGUGAUCCUUGGAAUCAUCUCUGAUCUCCCAUGCAUCAGCACGUGGAAUGUCUUCCUCAUGGCUAACUUUACCCUGGUUGCCUGCAUUCUUACUUUGCCACUAAUGCAGACAUAUGUUGGCCUGGCUGUGGUUUGUGCUCUAAUAGGAUUUUCUAGUGGCUAUUUUUCUCUAAUGCCUGUUGUGACUGAAGAUUUAGUUGGAACUGAACACCUUGCAAAUGCCUAUGGCAUCAUCAUUUGUGCCAAUGGAAUAUCUGCUUUGUUUGGACCACCCUUUGCAGGUUGGAUCUAUGACAUCACACAAAAAUACGAUUUUUCUUUUUACAUAGCUGGAUUGCUAUACAUGGUGGGAAUAAUAUUUUUACUUAUACAACCUUGUAUUCAAAAGAAACAGCCAAGAGAAAAAUCUACAGAAGAAGCACAAGUAUAG